AUGCCCCAGUCUGAAAGCAACUCGGAACCGAGUUUCCAACAGAAAACCGUUGUAUUCCCUCCGAGCCCCCCCAGCACCGUGGGGAGAUCUCGGAGGUGUAGUGCGGAUGGCAAUUCCAACGAUAUCACUUUCCCUGUAUCGCCUACCAUAGCAAAUAACGACGCCCUCAUCUAUCCUCUCCCCCCAACAAAUUCGGAAAAAUCAGUUCGACCAGAGGAUCUCAAAACGCCGGACAGCCACGUUGAAAGAGACGCUCGACUGAUUCGACUAACCGGAACACAUCCCUUCAAUUGCGAGCCUCCCCUGCGCGACUUAUAUGAUGAAGGGUUUUUAACUAGUGAGGACCUUCACUAUGUUAGAAACCAUGGGCCAGUACCUCGAUGUGACGAUGGUGACAUGGAUCAGUGGACAUUCACCGUCGAUGGCCUUGUUGAGAAUCCAUUUACUCUUAGCGUCAGGGAGCUCAUCGCAUCUUAUGAGCAGGUGACAUAUCCCAUCACUCUUGUCUGCGCGGGCAAUCGCCGCAAGGAGCAGAAUGUGGUCCGCAAGUCAAAGGGUUUCUCAUGGGGCUCAGCCGGUCUCUCAACAGCUCUGUGGACUGGUGUUGCCCUUGGCGAUCUGAUAGCCAAGGCAAAACCGAGGAGAGGUGCGAGAUAUGUAUGUUUCGAGGGAGCUGAUAAACUGCCAAACGGCUACUAUGGGACGUCUGUUAAGCUCAAUUGGUGCCUAGAUCCAAACAGAGGUAUUAUGGUUGCUCAUAAAAUGAACGGUUGUGUUCUGCACCCUGAUCACGGCAAGCCUGUUCGGGUCGUUAUCCCUGGACAAAUCGGAGGCCGUAGUGUCAAAUGGCUGAAGAGGAUAACAGUCACCGAGAAACCAAGCGAUAACUGGUACCACAUCUAUGACAAUAGAGUUCUGCCAACUAUGGUGACACCCGAGGCAAGUGCCGACCUGCCAGAUACAUGGAAAGACGAGCGGUAUGCCAUAUACGACCUUAACACCAAUAGCGUCAUCUGUUACCCGGCACAUAAUGAAACACUUUUACUAAAUGGCGACUCGAGCACUUAUAAAGUCCGGGGAUACGCGUAUGGUGGUGGGGGUAAACGGAUUACUCGGAUCGAGGUUACUUUGGACAAGGGCAAGACUUGGAGAUUGGCCAAUAUUGAUUACCCCGAGGACCGAUAUCGCCUUGCUCCCGACGGAGAAAGACUAUAUGGCGGAAGAGUUGACAUGUGGUGGCGGGAGACAUCGUUUUGUUGGUGUUUCUGGGAACUCGACAUUGACAUCGGAGAUCUCAAAACAACAACGGACAUCAUGGUCAGAGCAAUGGACGAAAGCCUCAUGGUACAGCCCAGAGACAUGUAUUGGAGUGUUUUGGGUAUGAUGAACAACCCUUGGUUCAGGGUUGUCGUCCAUGACAUCGGCCACGCAUUACAGUUUGAGCACCCUACGCAACCUGCUUUGAUUCCCGGUGGGUGGAUGGAGCGGAUCAAGAAGGCAGGAGGCAAUCUCACAAAUGGCUCGUGGGGUGAAAAGCUGGCUGGCCAAACUGAAGAUGUGAUGGGACAAGAACCAGAACAGGAUGUAUGCAUGACUAACCCCAGAGCUGACCGUCUGGUUACCAUGUGUGAAUUGAAAUCCCACAGUGGUGAACAGGAACCUUGGUUCAUUGUUGAUGGACAGGUAUACGACGGAACACCGUUUUUGGAGGGUCAUCCCGGUGGCUCUGCAUCUAUAUUUGGAGCUGCUGGACAAGAUGUCACGGAGGAAUUUGUCACAAUUCACAGUGAAAACGCCAAAGCUAUGAUGCCUGCGUAUCAUAUUGGAAAACUCGACGAAGAUGCACUAGCGCAACUGUCCGGCGAGACUAAUGAAUGCGAUCCCAGUCGAAGCGUGUUUCUUGACAGCAAAGUCUGGACAAAAGCAACCCUGCAGGAAAAGAUCAGCGUUUCUUCAGACUCCAAGAUCUUCAGAUUCAAGCUAGAUCACGCCGAGCAAGAAGUCGGAUUGCCUGUUGGGCAGCACCUGAUGAUGAGGCUGCGCGACCCGGUAACUCGAGAGUCAAUCAUCCGGGCUUAUACUCCAAUUUCCGAAGGUACAGACCGAGGAUGGCUCGAUGUUUUGAUCAAAAUCUACCACGGCACUCCGGAACGUAGAGGUGGCAAGAUGACACAGGCACUUGAUUCUAUUCCAGUGGGACACUUUGUUGAUUUCAAGGGACCAGUGGGAAAAUUCGAGUAUCUUGGAAGGGGCCUCUGUUCCAUAUCUGGGAAACCUCGCCAUGUAUCCAGGUUUAACAUGAUAUGUGGCGGGUCGGGCAUCACGCCGAUAUUUCAAGUCUUUCGAGCCAUGAUAAAGGGUGCCGAUGACCCCACCGAGUGCGUUAUUUUAGACGGAAAUCGUGUUGAGGAAGACAUCUUGUGUAGACUGGAGCUUGACCAAAUGGCAUCAAGCGCGAAGCAUAGGUGUAGCCUGCUCCAUUGCCUCAGUCGUCCGUCUUCUACAUGGGAAGGACGGACUGGCCGAAUUGACAAGGACCUGAUUUCAAGCGAAAUCGGAUCGCCAAGGCUCGACAAAGACGAUAUAGUUCUGGUCUGUGGCCCGGAACAAAUGGAAAAGGGUGUCUGCGAAACACUGAGGGUUCUGGGAUGGCCGGAUGAGAAUAUUGUGGUAUUCUGA